AUGCAGAAGUGGGGGCUGUGGGCCGCGUCCAUCCUGACCCUUCUCUCCGCACAGGCCUUUCCGCAAACGGACAUCAACAUCAGCCCAGCCAUGCCAGAGCUGCCCCAGGCUUCCCUAUGCCCCCUCUUCUGGAUGGAGUUCAAAGGCCACUGCUACAGAUUUUUCCCUCUCAAUAAGACCUGGGCUGAGGCUGACUUCUACUGCUCGGAGUUCUCCAUCGGCAGGAAGUCCGCCAAACUGGCCUCCAUCCACAGCUGGGAGGAGAAUGUCUUUGUGUACGACCUUGUGAACAGCUGUGUUCCUGGGAUUCCAGCUGACAUCUGGACAGGGCUUCACGAUCACAGGCAGGAAGGGAAGUUUGAAUGGACAGAUGGCUCACCCUAUGAUUACAGCUACUGGGAUGGGAGCCAGCCGGACAACGGCGUCCAUGCAGACCCAGAAGAGGAGGACUGCGUGCAGAUAUGGUACCGGCCCACCAGCGCUCUGAGGUCAUGGAAUGAUAACACCUGCAGCCGGAAGUUCCCUUUUGUCUGCAAGAUCACAGCUCUGACCAUUCACUGAUGCAUUCUCGCCCUCACGUUGCAAGCCCAACUCUAGCAUUGACUUGUAGCUCUACCUGAUGUAAAGUCGACGCUCA